GGAUUUGCUGUCUUCAACAUCAAGGAUCUAUAAUGAUCUUUGUGAAGUGCUGCCUUGUGCUGAUAGCAACCUGGACACUGUACACACAAGCAAAGCCAACGAAUCAUGUUACGGAAGAGCGGCAAGAUUCGGACUACAAAAGCCAUGAUUCAGGAAAUUUCCUCCUCAUUAAGUCAAGGAGUUUGCACAACACAAUAGAGAAAGGCGAACAUGUCAAAAAACCUCACAAACCUCACAAAAAACAUACCAAAGAAUGCACUGAUGGACAGGGUCAUCAUGUGCAAGAUGGAGUAGGCUGCUCGCUAUACGCACUAGAAAAAACAGAUGGUCAACAAAAAUGUAAGGUUGGAAUAUGUGUCAACGGAACUUGCACCGGCAUCCACGACGCGACGUGCUCUAACUACUGAACCACGUUCGUUUUACGAAAAAAAUAUUUAUCUUGCAACAACUCUCAACUGGGAAUAAAAUUCAUUUUCACCACUCUG